AUGCUGAACCAAUCAGCCCUGAACUGCAGUCCGACGUGCGACCCCCAGCCCCCCAACCUGGAAGAGGAUGGAGUAGCAAUACUGGAGGCACCGGGAGCCGCCUGCCCCAGAGUCCCGGGCCGUGACCGCUGUGUGUCUGGUGGCCGCUCCCGGGAGCUGAGCGGCGUCUCCCAGAGCCGCGGACCGACCGAGCACCCGAGCACCGCCAAGCCGCCCGCCGCCGCCUCCAGCCGCCUUCCUACCAGGCAGCCGCCGCCUCUGCUCCUCCUUCCCCCUCCUCCUCUUUUUCUUCUUCUUCCACCACUGCGGCCCCCACUGCUGCCGCCACGGGUCCCGGGCUCCGGGAGCGAUCGUGACGCAGCACCGGCUACUAGUUACUGGGCGAGGGGGGAAAGAGCAGAGCACAGGCCGAACACUGAGGCCGCCGCUAGGCCUGCCGGGAAACGCAGCUCGCGAGGGCAAGCGCCUCAGCAGCCAGGCUACAGCCUCCGGUCCGAGAGCGGCCACUGCGCAUGCGUCCUGUCAGCCGCAAGGCCCGACGGGAAGGGACAAAUAUUUAGGAAGCUGCACCAGUCUACAAAGCGGGGAGGUCUGGAGCUCAGCUGGGGGACAGUAGUGAGGAGCAGAGAUCUCCAGUUACUGUUCCUGCUCCUGUUUCUGACUCCUCUGAUGUCUUCGCUGUCAAAGAGAUCCUUGCUUCCAAGAUCGUCCGAGGCACCAUUACCUGUUACAGUAAGUCAAUAUGCCAUCCUGCAUUGUGCAGGGCUGUACAUACUCCUGGUACAAGAAAGAUCCUAAUAUAAUUUUACAUAGUUUUCCAAGAGACCUUAACACAAUAAAGACCUGGCUUUUACAAACCAAGCAAGAUUUUGGAAACAUAGAUGAUUUUUUCACAACGUGUUCUGGAGGGAACCAAAAUUGGAGUAUAUCAUAUAUGCUCCCAGCAUUUUACUGCAGGAAUCUCUGAAUUUUUUAUGAAAAACAUAAAAAAAA